GCCCCGGCCCCGGCCCGCUCGCUCCGCGCCAUGCCCGGCUCCCUGUACCAGCCCGAGCCCGGGCAGCCGGCCCGCGGCCCGCCGCGCUGCCUCACCCUGCUCAGCCCGCCGCCGCCGCCCUCCGCCGGGCAGGACCCGCCGCCGGAGCCCGAGCCCGGCCGGGAGCGGGAGGGGCCGCCGGGGCCGGCGGCGCAGGGCGAAGCCGCCGCGCUGAGGUUCGCGCUGGACCAGCUGUCGCUGCUGGGGCUGGAGGGCGCGGAGGAGCCGGCGGGGGCCGCGGGGCCGGGCGGCCUAAGGGAGCGGGAGCGCGGCGGAUCAUCCCCGGGGCCGGCCCCGGCCCCCGCCCCGGGCGCCUUCGGCAGCCUGGCCCCGCCGCUGGGGCCGCCCGCGCUGCUCGGGGAGCCGCCGGCCAGCAGGAAGAAGAGCGUGAACAUGACCGAGUGCGUGCCCGUGCCCAGCUCCGAGCACGUCGCCGAGAUCGUGGGCCGGCAAGGCUGCAAAAUCAAAGCCCUGCGUGCCAAGACCAACACGUACAUCAAGACGCCGGUGAGGGGCGAGGAGCCCGUGUUCAUCGUCACCGGGAGGAAGGAGGACGUGGAGAUGGCGAAGCGGGAGAUCCUCUCGGCCGCCGAGCACUUCUCCAUGAUCCGGGCCACGCGCAACAAAGUGAACGGGCUGACGGGGGCCAUGCAGGGACCCCCCAACCUGCCGGGCCAGACCACCAUCCAGGUGAGGGUCCCGUACCGCGUGGUGGGGCUGGUGGUGGGGCCCAAGGGGGCCACCAUCAAGCGGAUCCAGCAGCAGACGCACACCUACAUCGUGACGCCCAGCCGGGACAAGGAGCCCGUGUUCGAGGUGACGGGCAUGCCCGAGAACGUGGACCGCGCGCGGGAGGAGAUCGAGGCGCACAUCACCAUGAGGACAGGCUCCUUCAUCGACGUCAACGCCGACAACGACUUCCACUCCAACGGCACCGACGUCUGCCUCGACCUGCAGGGCAGCGCGGGCAGCCCGUGGGCCAAGGCCCCCCACCCCGCCCACCGCUCCUCGGCCGCCCUGCGCAACGACAGCCUCAGCUCCCUGGGCAGCGCCUCCACCGAGUCCUACUACAGCGGGCGGGUGGCGGCCGCCAGCCCCACCAGCCCCUACAGCACCUUCAGCGAGCCCCCGGCCCCGCUGGGCUCCGAGGAGUGCGACUUCGGCUUUGACUUCUUGGCCCUCGACCUCACCACGCCCACCACCACCAUCUGGUCGCCCUUCGAGCGCUCGGGCAACCCCCUGCAGGCCUUCAGCAGCUGCUCCUCCAUCAACAGCUCGCAGAGACGCAACAGCGGCCCGGCCACGCCGCGCCACUCGCCCACCCUGCCCGAGGGCGGCGCGGGGCUGGAGCACCCCUGUGCCCGCCGCAUCCCCCGCGACCCCGCCGGCGCCCGGGCCUGGCUGCCCGCCCAGGGCUCGCUCUCCUCCUUCUCCAACAGCCACGGCUACUCCCCCUCGUCCUCGCUGCCCGGCAGCAUCUCGGCCGCCUCGGGCUCGCCAACCGCCUCCAGCAGCUCCGACGGGCACCGCAAGAGCUCACGGGAGUGCAUGGUGGGCCUGGAGAGCGAGGUGAUGGCCGCCCGGGUGCCCUGCGGCCACAACCUCUUCUGUAUGGAGUGUGCCCUGCUCAUCUGCGGCCGUGCACAGCCGCAGUGCCCCGCGUGCCACGCGCCCGCCACACAAUCCAUCCACAUCUUCUCCUAGCCCGGGGGGCUGGCCGUGCAUCCCCCCCCCCUCCACCCCGACACUGCGUUUUAAGGACUGUAAACGGGUUAAAGCGAGCUUUUUAUUUAAUAACGGAUCCGAUGGGCGCACGGGGCGUGAGGGGGGAGAGGCUGCUGUGAGCUGGAGAGGCGAGGAGGGCAAGGAGA